GGCGGCGCGGCCGUGCACAUCUCCGCCGCCGGCGCCGCCAAGGCCACCCUGUACUGCCGCGUCUUCCUGCUCGACGGGACCGAAGUGAGCGUGGAUCUGCCGAAGCAUGCCAAAGGCCAGGAUUUGUUUGAUCAGAUUGUGUACCACUUGGACCUUGUGGAAACAGAUUACUUUGGCCUCCAGUUCCUCGACUCUGCCCAGGUCGCGCAUUGGCUGGAUCAUUCCAAACCCAUAAAAAAGCAGAUGAAAAUCGGACCUGCGUAUGCUUUGCACUUUCGAGUUAAAUACUAUUCUUCAGAACCAAACAACCUUCGUGAAGAGUUUACCAGGUACCUGUUUGUUUUACAACUCAGGCAUGACAUUCUUUCUGGAAAAUUGAAAUGCCCUUAUGAAACGGCUGUGGAAUUAGCUGCUCUCUGUCUACAAGCGGAGCUCGGGGAGUGUGAACUUCCAGAACACACGCCAGAGCUUGUGUCUGAGUUUCGGUUCAUUCCAAAUCAGACAGAAGCAAUGGAGUUGGGAAAGAGCCCUGCCCAGGCGGAACUCUCCUAUCUGAAUAAAGCGAAGUGGCUGGAAAUGUAUGGGGUAGACAUGCACGUUGUCAGGGGAAGAGAUGGCUGUGAAUAUUCUCUUGGACUGACCCCGACAGGCAUAUUAAUCUUUGAAGGAGCUAACAAAAUAGGCUUAUUCUUUUGGCCUAAAAUUACCAAAAUGGAUUUCAAAAAGAGCAAGUUGACCCUAGUGGUGGUCGAGGAUGACGAUCAGGGACGUGAACAAGAGCACACAUUUGUGUUCCGGUUGGACAGUGCCAGGACCUGCAAGCACCUGUGGAAGUGUGCAGUUGAACAUCAUGCGUUCUUCCGACUGCGGACACCGGGAAACAGCAAAUCCAACAGAUCUGACUUCAUCCGGCUAGGCUCGCGCUUCAGAUUCAGUGGGCGGACAGAAUAUCAAGCUACACACAGCUCCCGGUUACGGAGAACCAGCACCUUUGAGAGGAAGCCUAGUAAACGUUAUCCAUCCCGGAGACAUUCUACAUUCAAAGCAAGCAACCCGGUGAUAGCGGCUCAGCUGUGCUCUAAAACAAAUCCUGAAGUCCAUAAUUACCAGGCCCAGUAUCAUCCCAAUAUCCACCCCAGCCAGCCACGGUGGCAUCCUCACUCCCCAAAUGUCAGCUACCCGCUCCCUUCCCCAGCACUCAGCAGCUCGGACAGGCUGCCGUUCGGCAUUGAGGAGAACGGGGGCACCCCCUUCCUCACCAAAGCCCCAGGAAGGCAUCACCACGCUCACCAGCACCAACACCAACAUCAGCACCAGCACCACCCAAGCUAUGGCCUCUCACUGACUUUGGAGAACAAAGAGGGGCCUUUGAGGUCCCCAAACUCCAGCACUAAGUCUCUUACAAAACUGAGUCCAGGACCUACUGCCCUGUUCAGUGAAGCCGCUGCCCAUUUGAAGAAGCUGGAACUGGAAACCGUGAAGACUGCUGGGCCCUGGCCUGCUCUACACCUCAACAUAAACAAGGCUGAAGAGAAGAAAGUUUCUGAGAAAACUCUCCAGACCCCACUUUUGCCUUCCCCGGCGGCAGAUCAUGUGAAGUGUAACAUUCUGAAAGCCCAGCUGGAGAAUGCGUCCCGCGUGAAUGCCCAGGGUGGAAAAGAAGACUCAACAUUUAUAAAUAUCAAUAAGAAAUCCGGGCUUCAGGACGCUAAUGUAAGAAGUCCUAUUCCCAUACGUGUGGAAACUACCCAACCAGCUGUGGAAAAGCCGGAAAUCAAGCCUCCCCGAGUGAGGAAGUUAACAAGACAGUAUAGUUUUGAUGAAGAUGACCUCCCUCCAGACCUGGCCGAGGCAGUAGGAGUGACCACAGCUUCAACCACGAACACCACUUCUGCCGCCACACAAGUCUCAGUGCCACUGGCAUCCCCUAAGGUCCAGAAAAUCAGCUCACCUCAGAAGUCAGAUGGCAAGGGCCAGCUGUCCCCAGGGGCCAAGAGCCCCUCUGACCGAGGAGGUGCCUUCACCUUGGAGCCAGGCGAUCUUCUGAUGGACUUCACAGAAGCCACUCCUCUGGCAGAGCCCGCCAGCAGUCCCCACUGUGCCCACUCUCGCUGUUCUCCUCCACUCUCUCUCCCCAUGAAGGAAGAGACCACUGGAGUUUGCAUGUACCCUCCAAUCAAAACGAGGCUGAUAAAAACAUUCCCGGCUGAUACGAUGAAGCCGUUUCCUGAUCCUUUUACCACAGGGCCGCAGUUUACUGCAGACUUUAGAGACAGUAAAUUACCAUGCUGUCCUGGCCAGUCUUCCCCGCUGAUUCCAGCAGCGACCCUGAGGCCUUUGACAGAGACCGUCGCCACAGUGCAGACCAUAUACAACCCGGAAGCCUGUUUCUCUGGCGGCCAGUGCAGAGACGCUCCGGCAGGAGUUGGAAAGAGAGAAAAUGAUGAAAAGACUGUUGAUGACCGAACUGUGAAAUUCUCCUGUCGCCUGGAGGAUGUGGUGCCUUCUGUCCGUUUUCUUUCCUCGGGCUUUCUGUGCUCACUCCAGCACAACUUACACAUGUUGUGUGCUCUGUACGCCCAGGUCUCCAUGGUUAGGUGAAGCCAACCUCGGGCUCGACUUUUACUGGAAAAGUUCUUUUAUGUCUCCUGAGCAUUAGAGAUUUUCUACUCUUUGUACUGGAGACAGGAUUUCGUAAGCGUAGAGAAAAGCUGGGAAAAUGGGGAUUUCUUUUCCGAGGUACCUGUGUGUAUCCGUUAAAAACCACAGGGGUAAUAUGGCAUGGAAUCCUUUGCUAUCAAUCUCAACAGUGUGAUUUUGUAUGACUGAAACUUGCAAAAGCUUUGACUGUUUGUUAAAGAGUCAUUUUUAAUGAGAGAAUAAUUCUUUACUGAUGGUUUUUCAUUUAGCACUGAUAAAUUCACAAGUCUGAUAAAGUCCUUACCAUUCAUUUUUAUUCAAACAUGAGUAGAUGAACUAAAAAAGUAAGUUGCAUAUCACCAUGACAGCAGGGACUUCCUAUUAAUCUGAAAUAUAAUUUAUCUUAUGAACCUGUUGGAUAUGAUAUUGUUGGGGAUAAACAGAACUGAUCACUGAACCCAAAGUAGGUUCAAUUCUAGCUUGAAAUAUCUAAAAGUUCUUUCAAGGUCAAGAUGGUUCAAUAUCAAGAAGAUUCAUUUGGGUGUUCUAUAAAGGAAAAGUAUUUCUAAAGUUGAUCAAUUCAUGUCCUAUUGAUAAAAACUUGACCUGAAGAAACUUUGUUCUCUUUUUAUAUAGUUUCAAGAAGUGUGUUUUUAAAUUUUUAUUAUGCACUUGAACAACUUUGCAGGAAUAAGGGAACCCCCAUCUACAAACUAUCCCUCUAAAUUAUUUCCUAAGCUUUCUCAAUGAAUAUGCACACGUUUUUACAUAGCUAUGAUCCGUGUGUACAUUCUCUUGUGUUGUACUUCUCCAUCUGACACUUAACACGGAUCCUACUUUCACCAAUUUAAAUGCCCUUAUAUCCAUGUAACAUGGUUAACCUCACUUCUCCCCAUGAUUAGAUAUUUGAGUUAUAUUCAAUUUUUCACUCUUAUAAAUAGUGCUGCUAUGAAUGUCUUUGUAAAAAAAAAAAAUGUUCCUGCCUUUGGAUGAUUUCUUUUGGAAUAUCUCCAGAGAAAGAUUACAAGGUCAAAGAGCAUGAAAUAUUUUAUAGCUCUUGUUUUAUAUUGCCAGAUUGCUUUCUAGAAAGAGCUAAUCUCUUGGGUUGGAAGGACCUUAAAGGUCAUCUCGUUCAACCUCCCCACCCUUUCUGAAUGCUUGAAUCCCUUCUACAAUUUAUGAUGCCACCAGCAAUGUAUAAGCAUUUCUAUUUACCAGUAGCUCUGCCAGUAUUGGGUUUUUGCCAUUUUUAAUUUAUUUUUGCUAGUUUAAUAGAUGCCUAUUGUUCUUGAAAAGUUGUUUUAUUUCAUUAAUUGGUAGCAAAGCUGAGCACUUUUCCAUGUGAUGAUUUACUAGCUGUGUUCCCUUGUGUGUAAACUGUUCAUCCAUUUCUAUGACCACUUGUUAAGUGGAUUUGAUCUCAUACAUUUGUAUCUGAACCGUAUUUUUAUGUUGUA